AUGGCUCCCCCAUCGACCAAACCUCGACCAAACCUCUGCUCGACAUGUAAGAAGACAUACGUCACGAAGGCUAAUUUGCGUCGGCAUUCCAAGCCUCCGCCUCCAAAAUCUAGUCUGUCCACGAAUGCGAACCACCAGUACCAAACUGGGCAUCCAUCCAGUAUGACUAGGCACAAGAUUCGGAAGCAUGGCCAGGCAUCGACUCAGAAGAAAUGCGUAGGAAAUAAGGAUAAAACAAAGCUGGAAGCCUUACCAGUCGCCUUGCAGUCAAGCUCGGACCCGCCAGCUUCGCCAUCGACAACUCUUCCGCCACUCUCCCCCCUGCCUCUCCUAGUCCCUCCGUUGAAACGGCGCCAGAACCAAGGCCCUCUGAUGAUAACUUUCCCUUCCACAGUUACUUACCAGCCGUAUCGCACUCCUAUUUGUCAAACAACGGUACUGCGCCCAAUCCUAUUCCAUGCCUGCGCUUGCCGCCGAUCCUUGAUGUCCAAUCCAUGCCGGAUACCGCGCCCUUACGAGUCAUUAGGCUCCUCGAAUUCCCUUCCGCCUCUUGCUAGCCUUGGUCUCCCCCAGUCCGCCUCUCCCAAGUUCACUCAUUUUACCCUUCCUUUGCGAUCCCCGACUGGACUCCAGCAGGCCUUUUGA